AUGCAACCGCCUUCUGAAAGUGCCCUAGAGCUUUUGGAUGCCCUCUCGGAGGCGACUUGUGACUGGCACAGAGACGAGACUGGCCGAAGGACUGCAAUUAGAGAUAUCCUCAAUCAUAGGGCCGGUCUCUACCUCUCUCCAGAGACUGUCUCAGGAACAGAAUACAAAACAGGCGGUACCCAAGUUCCUGUUAUCAUCAUGCCAGCUGUCAUCCGAGAAUGCAAGGACGAGCAGGGAUCCGCACUCUAUGAAGCCAUAGGAUAUUAUGUACAAUUCUUGGUCCCACAACUGUCUCAUCGGGGAACGCGACUAGGUACAGACAUGGGCUUUUACGGCUGCUUGUGGACAGGAAAAGAGCUCUUUGUCGAGCCGCUAACCCCGCUAUACCAUCUGACAACUUCUUGGCUCGAAGAAACCGACAGAAAAGUCAUUGCAUCCAGUCUGGACGCAUUCUUGGAGGUCACCAAGAAACUUAGAGAUCACUAUAGCGAACUCAAGCAAACGACUAUUUUACGAGGCCGAUGUUUUCCUUAUCAGACAGGCUAUAAAAGCGAGAUGGAUGAGGAGAUAAACUUUGAAUACGACUCGAAAAUUCCUGAAACGCUCAUUUUCUUCGCUCGGACAAAUGAAGACCCUCGUCAACACCUUUGCGUCAAGUUCACUAGACGGUAUUCAGAAUCGGCUCAUCAAAUCCUUGCCGACCUUGGGCUUGCCCCCCGACUUCGAGCUGUUAUGGGUCUACCAGGGGGCUGGCUUAUGGUUGUAAUGGAUCGUUCAAACUAUACUUUACUAUCUGAAAUCAAUCUAUCGCUUUCACCUCAGGCACAACUGGUCGUGAAAUCCCGGGUUCUAUACGCUGUCGAAACGCUCCAUAAGCACAACUUGGUCCAUGGUGAUAUCCGGGAAGGCACGGUGAUUCGACCGGAGCUGGAAAUAGGAACGAUCUCUUCACGACGAUGCAAAUCCCGUUCCGUCACGUCGGAUGCGUCUCCGGCAUGGGCGUUGAUCCGGCUCGACUCUCAGGAGGCAGGCGCCGACGCAAUAACAGAGACGCCUUGA